CGGAAAUACUCUCGACUCUAUUUUGGAGUCGUCAUUUCUGAACCAGUUUUGUAGACGUUUGAUUCAUUACAUUAAGACGCAGUUUAUUACUUUUAUUUUCGGUUAUGUUGUAACCUGUUUGUUUAUAUCCACUUUUACACACGAGCGUUUCUUUUUCUUUUUUUUUUAGAGGGUGACCAUAUAAUAUUCCAGUAUUUGAACGAAGCUGUCACGCCCAGGAGAGAACCGUUCAGAAUGUCCGAUUCGUUCGCCAUUCUUACACUCCGGAAAGCUCGUUAGCGAGGUAUUAAUCAAUGAUAUAUAAAAACAAAUUGUAGACAAACGUGUCUGAUGAAUUAACUUCUUGACCAAAGACGACAGAUCAGUGGAGCAACACCCAAAUUGACAGAUUUGAAAUGGAAGGAGAUGUGUGUAGCUUCCCCCCAAACUCUUCAGAUGACCACUCACAAAGAGGAAGUGUUGCUUCUUCUGCUACACUGUCCCACUCUCAAGAUGUGCUCAUAUACUUGUUCGGUGACAGCGCCGUGCAUUUAUCAAUAGAAGGGCUUGGCAGUGCCACUGUGCAGGAGUUGGGCCGAACUGUUCGAGAGGCUCUUCACGUUCCUGAGUCUGCGCAGGAUGCCUUUGCCUUCUGGCUGUCUUCUCCGCUACUUGAGCUGCAGUUAAAAGCAAGGCACCAACCUUACAAGGUGUGUCGCCAAUGGCAAGACUUGCUGUAUCGCUUUACGGAAGCCUCGGAGGAAGACAUUUCACAAGAUGAGCCUUGCCUCCAAUACCGUCGGAACGUGUUUUAUCCCAAAUCUAAAGAGCUGCAGAUAGAAGAUGAGGGAGUGCUCCGACUUUUAUAUGAAGAGGCCAAGAGCAAUAUCAUCACUGGACGAUACCCCUGCGAUCCUGAACACUGGGCCUCUCUUGGAGGCUUGUCUCUUGCUCUUAAUGAGGGGACGGGCUUGGACAGGCAAAAAUUGACCACUACUAUACGGGAGAAGAAGCUGUCUUCUUUCCUACCGGCACACGUGGCCACGGGGGGUGGAGGUUUAUUCUCCACAUUGAGAGGCAAGUCGAGCCGUCAGGCAGGUUUGGAGCAGAAUCUCUUGGAGGAGUACAGAAAGAUCAAUAUAUCUGGAGACUCUCAGCAGGACUCCGAGCUUCUCCAGCUGUACCUCAGAACAUGUCACUCUCUUCCUUAUUAUGGGUGUGCAUUUUUUGAUGGGGAGAUUGACAAACCCGCCCAAGGGAUCCUUCAGAGAGUGAAACGCAAAGCUGUCAAUGUUGGUAUCUCGCUGGAGGGAGUUUACGUGAUGGACGUCAAGGAGAAGCACGUGCUUCUCGGCCUGCGGUUCAAUGAACUUUCCUGGGACCACAGCUACCCUGAGGGGGAAGGCGAUUCGCACAUCCUCUGGCUGGAGUUUGACGGCGACGAAGAUGGCACUCCCGUCAACAAAUUGCUGAAGAUUUACUCCAAACAAGCAGAGCUCAUGAGUGGCUUCAUUGAGUUUUGCGUGGAGCUCAGGUCAGUGUCUGAGGGAGGGGCCACAGCAGAAACCGAUGGCGAUGCAAGUCGAUCACAACAAGCCUCUGGAAAAGAUGACAGCAAGCAUGAACGCGGGGGACGGCGCGGAAUGUUGCGCCGGCAAAGUAGCGUCGUAUGCAGCCGGGUCCAUUCGCUUAAUACCAUAAACUACGUCGAUAAUGGAAAAGAAAUCAAAUGCUUAAAGCCAAGAAGAGCUGCAUCGUUUUUCGCACGCCCGACGUCUGGAGCCACAUACUCCUCUGUGCAAGUGACGGAGAGCCUGGAGCAGGGUUAAGUCACCACCUCCAGCUCUGCCGCCCGCCUUUGGGCAAAGACCAAAAUAAAACAUUUAAAGGAGACUGGGGAUUGACACAAAAACUCCUGAACAUAUGUCGGACCAAGUGAGGGAUCUUAUUUUGACCAUAUUUAUCCUCUGACAUUGUGUAUAUUUUGCAGGUAUGUUAAUGUGAACACUAAUUUUGUUAGUUGAUAUGCCUCAAAGGGUCACAAAGUGUAGUUGGCAUCAAAUGCAAAUAGCAUGAGAAAAUGGCUGCUACUGAUAACUGUCGCAAAAACCUUUUGACUGUUCUGCAGUGCUCAUGGGCAAAAUCCCAAAAGCCACUCUUCAGCAUAACAGCUGACUUACCUCUUUUUCCUUUACAAUCCUUGAUAGCCUGAGUGAAUCAUUACCACAUCUUGGCCUAUUAUAUGACUACAAGUCUAUAUAGUAUGCUUUAAGGUGUCAGUCAGUGCCUUGUACGUUUAAAAUGGCACCUUCAGGGUUUUUUUGUGUCUACAGUAGGCUAUUAGUGUUUGCUGACUUCAGCACCAAGGGGUGGAAUAAAAGAAUGGGUGACAUAUCUUAAGAUUCUAAUUAUGCAAUUGGGAAAAGGUAAUUUCACCAAACAUAUCAAAAUAACAGCUGAUCACAUGUACUUUCAUUGCAAAACAAAAUGCUGCAACAACCCGAUGGGAACGUUUCUUCAUAUGUCAAGGGUCACUGACUUUUGAACAUGCUACUAGAAACAGAGCAGAGGUAUCUUGCUAAACAUCUCACAACUUGAACACGUCUCAUGCUUUAAGCCAUUCUAACAUCAAUUUCCUCCCUUAACUCCCCAUGCCAUCAACUCAAUAUUUGUUCACUCAUGUUAUGUAUCCAACUUUUCAGAAUCAAUGAUGUUAUUUGCUAACAUACUAUGCAUGUCACAUUGUAGAGUAGGCAUUCCAAUUCAUGUGAUCAUUUAUUAUAAGGCUGCACUGUCAAUACAUUUGUUGAUUUUUUUUUUUGUACUGUAUAUUAUAUGUAUGUAUUUUUAUGUUCAUGGGUUUAUACAAGAGACUGAGGUCACGUUUCCUCUUCAACACUCACUUUCAAGUGCCUUUUUUUGUUUGUGUUCUGUUUUUGUCCAGGUGACUUUAGUGCGCUGAAGCGGUCAGUGGAAUUUGGCUAUUGUUUGACCAGUGAACUGUGUACUUUCUCAAGUGUUCGCCAUAUUUAGCAAUGCAAAUCAACUUCUUGGUGCUUGUGGAGUUUGAAGUGAAGAUUGUUUGGUUCUGUUGCAAACAUGCUGCUCUGUGUGAUCCAGCUCAAGACAAUAGAAAUGGGCAUGUCCAACAUGAGAAGGGAAGUUUAAACACUUAAGGCCUUUUUCCUUAAUAUCACUUUUUUUAUUUGGUCUGUUAAAUGCAAAAUCUUGCUUCCUUAGAUUGAAGUAUAUCAUUUAUAAGUGUUGAGUUUGUACUAUAUCGCAUAGUGUGUUAGAGAAAACCUAGACUCACUGACCCUGGAUGUAUCACCACUGAAACUGCGUUUAAUACAUAUUAAAUAAUAUUCAAUCGC